AUGGAUACACCACAGAUCGAGACCAUGCAGUACCAGUGGUCUGCAUCAGCCUCGGUUUCACCGGCAUCCACUCCUCCAACCCCAUGGGAAGAGGUUGAGCCAUGCUCCCCCGUGUUUGAGGAUGUCGUUCUCCGCGUGGAUAGCAUCAAAUGCACCUUAAAAAUGCCACGAGGCGUUGCUCGCAGGGGUCAGGAGCUCGUGCAGCAGUUCGUUUCAACGGCAGCCGUUCUGGAGCCCUUGUCGGCAGUGGAAUUGUGCUGCCUGUUCAUGCAACACAUCAUGCAGGGAAAAACGGAGGGCAGACAUGGAGAUCUGGAUGUCCCCGUUCUCCACCAAGUUUUAAAUACACUGCAUGUCGAUCUCAUCCAUAAUGAGAAUAUCCACACUUUCCUGGCGUCGAUGAACCAGGACAAGAGCCGAGAUCGCCCAAUCUUGAAGGCUUAUUUUGAAGCCUGCAAGGAAACACGAACACCUUGCGCUGUGGGGACUAGUAGUCUCGUUGCCGACAUCGGUAACGGUCGUGCGCAGAUCUUUGCUUUGUUCAACGGACAGGGCGUCGAGUCUUAUUUUGACGAGCUGCUGGCGGCUUACGAUGUCUACCAUCCCCAGUUAGCUUCUUUUAUCCAAGCCAUUUCCAAUACCCUUACACAUCUGGCAAAGGAUGACCAGUUCAAAGCAUUGUUCCCUCACGGACUGGAUGCAUACCAGUGGUUGCAGGUGCCCGAGUCACGCCCAAGUGCCUCAUAUAUCAACAGUGCCUCCUCACCAGCAGAGUCACGCCAUGUAUUUGCUGGUGCUAUUGGUCACUCCCAGGGUAUCGUGGUGGCGUCUUUCAUCGCCGCUGCCGAUUCCUGGGAUUCGCUCUGCAACGCAGCCCAACAGGCGGUCGAGUUACUAUUCUGGAUUGGCUGUCGAUGCCAGCAGCAGGUGCAGUUGUUAAGCCCUGGCUCAACUCCCUCAAGUUGCAUGCUCAGCGUCAAGGGCCUGCCUCAGGCUGAUCUCCAGCAUCACUUGGAUCAGCUCAACGUUCACUUGCCAACCGAAGAGGCAGUUUAUCUGGCCUUGGUCAACGGACCAGAACAGCUUGUCGUCGCUGGAAUGCCUCAUUCAUUGCGAGCGCUGGACCAGGUAAUUACCAAAGCAUACAGCCAAGCCAAGUCUGCGAAGCCAGUUUCUUUCAGCAAACGUCGGCCGACCGUACAUACCCGACUUUUGGCCAUCACAGCACCAUUCCAUUCACCAUAUCUCCAGGAUGCGGAGGCCCAACUUCAGAAUGAUCUUGCUGCGUUGUCUUUGCCUGGUUCACGACUAGCGUUCCCUGUGUUCCACACAGAGACCGCUGAGAACUUGCAACAAUUUGAAAAUGUUGUUCCCCACUUGAUCGAAAUGAUUUGUACUCAGCGGGUGCAAUUCGAGAAAGUCGUCAACACCACCCUGACUGGAAUUACGCAUGUUCUUGACUUCGGGCCUGGUGGUGAGGUCGGCAUGGGGAGCUUGGUCAAUCACCAGCGUGAGGGCAGAGGACUGCGUACUCUGAUCCUGGGCGCCGCUAAGGGUGGCACCCAUAGUAGCUCUUCCGCUCUGGGAUUCGCAAGUGAGCUGUAUGCCCACAACGAGCCAGCCACCUUCAACUCUGUCUGGAGUGACGAGUUUUCUCCGCGCCUUUCGCAGUUGACCAACGAGUCUCACUUGGUCGACACCGCAUUCAGUCGUCUAUUAGGAGUUCCUCCUGUCAUGGUCGCCGGAAUGACUCCGACGACAACUUCCCCAGCAUUCGCGGCGGCUGUCAUGAACGCUGGAUAUCAUGUCGAGUUAGCCUGUGGAGGAUUCCCGGACCGCGAAAGCAUGUGCCGGGGUAUUCUGGAGACAGCCGCUGCCAUCGCCCCCGGUCGUGGUAUCACAUGCAACGUCAUAUACGCUAACCCUCGAGCUAUGGCCUGGCAGAUCCCCCUCCUGGUCGAGCUCUCCAAUUCCGGUGUUCCUAUCACCGGCCUGACCAUUGGCGCCGGUAUCCCUUCAUUGGAGGUCAUCGCAGGCUACUUGGCUGAUUUGUCGUUGAAGCACAUCGCUCUCAAACCGGGCUCCAAAGAAGGCAUCGAUGGUGUCUUGGCUAUUGCCCGGGCCUACCCCACGUUCCCCAUCAUCCUUCAGUGGACAGGCGGCCGAGGAGGCGGCCAUCAUUCAUCAGAAGACUUCCAUGAGCCCUUGUUGGAUCGAUACGCACAGAUUCGCUCUCAUGGCAACGUGAUUCUGGUUGUAGGAAGUGGAUUCGGAGAGGCCGAUGACACUUACCCCUACCUUACGGGCUCCUGGUCCCAUAUCUUUGGACGUGCGUCCAUGCCUGUCGACGGAAUCCUGCUGGGCAGCCGUGUCAUGACAGCGAAAGAAGCACACACCAGCGCAGCAGUGAAGGAGGCCAUCGCAAGCACCCCAGGCAUUUCAAACGAAAACUGGGAACAGACCUGUGAGCGCUCUUCCGGUGCCGGAGGAAUCAUCAGCGUGCGCUCCGAAAUGGGCGAACCCAUUCACAAGGUUGCCACCCGCGGCGUCAUGUUGUGGGCCGAAUUGGACAAGGUGGUAUUCUCUCUGCCGCGAAAUGAGCAGAAGGAUGCUCUCCUUGCCCGCAAGGCAUACUACGUCAAACGACUCAAUGACGAUUUCCAAAAAGUUUGGUUUGGACGAAACGCCCACGGUGAAGUAGUCGAUCUCCACGAGAUGACUUACUCCGAAGUGUGGGACCGCAUGAUCGAGUUGCUGUACCUGAAGGCACCCCAGCAGUAUAUCGAUCCCUCUUGGAGAACCCUGGUAUGGGACUACACCCACCGGUUGGAAGAGAGGCUUGGCGGGCCAAAGACCCAGUCUGUCGUCCUCGGAAACGUGCAGCAGCUCAACGAGCCGGAGCACCUCCGGGAAGCCCUCAUCGCCCAGUACCCACAGGCGUGUGUCGACGUACUGACGACGGCUGAUGUGGAGUACAUUCACUUACUCUCACGUCGGAGAGGGCAGAAACCAGUCCCAUUCAUCACACUUUUCGACGAAGAUUUCGAAUACUGGUUCAAGAAAGACUCUCUUUGGCAGUCGGAGCGCUUGGAAGCUGUCUUGGGACAGGAUGUCGGCCGUGUGUGCAUAUUGCAUGGACCAGUGGCAGCUCAAUACACACAGCGUGUCGAUGAGCCAGUGCAAGAAAUCCUCGAUGGCAUUCACGAGAAACACGUCGGGUGGGUGCUGCGCGACAAGUACGCGGGGAACCGUGCACGGAUCCCCUCGGCUGAAGACCGCCAACUCCACAACAACAACAGCAUCAACAUCAACAACUCCCCACGUUGGCCUGUUCAGGGUGUCCAUGUCAUCGCCGAGCCUAGUGGAACGACACUGAAGUAUAUCGUCUCUCAAAAUCCGCCGUCACUGGAAAGUUGGCUGGGAUUACUGGCCAAUACCACCGCUGCACCAUGGUGUCGCGCUAUCUUCACCGAGCAGAACAUCGUCCAAGGCAGGACGGUGGUGCAGAAUCCGCUUUUGGGUCUGUUUUCUGCGAAGCCAGGCCUGGUCGUUGAAUUUUGCAACAUACAAGAUGGAUACGGCACGGAGAUUGUACUCAAGGAGAUCGAAAGGGAUGGGAAAGGGGCAGAGCAUCUGCUGGCAGUUGCCUCACUGCGCUCUAACCGCGAAGGCCUCGUCAUUUUGACUCUGUCCGAUCGAACUGUGCCCGGACGGUCACCAGCCAACCUUAAUUUCUUGUUUGACUACCAGCCAUGCGGUGGUGCUCUCAGCAUCCGCGAGGUGAUGAACGAUAGAAACCGACGCAUCAAUCAAUUCUAUCAGUCCAUCUGGAUCGGCAAACAGGAACUGCCGGUAACUUCUGACUACGUGUUCCGUGGUCAAGAGGUUGUUCUGGACCGCAAGACAAUCCGUCAAUUUGCACAAAGCAUAUCGAAUCGGAACCCGGUUUAUUACAACUCCCGCUCUGAUGGGACGCUGGUGGCUCCGUUGGAUCUCGCUAUCGCGGUCGCUUGGAAGCCCCUCAUGAGUACAGUAUUCCCCGAUGUUGCUUCGGGGGACAUCCUGCGAUUGCUUCACUUGGGUGCCGACAUUGAGCUUUGUGAUGGGGCCACGCCAUUGCAAGAGGGAGAUCGUCUCUUGUCCGAUGGACGUCUCGUGUCUGUGAUGGUUAAACCAGGCUCUGGAAAGGUUGUAGAGGCUGAAGCAACCAUCUAUCGCGAGUGCACACCGGUGGUCCGCUUGAAGAGCAAAUUUAUCAUGAUUGGCUCCGAUUACGACAAUGAACCAACCUUCGAGAUCAAGGAAGAGAAGUGGCGUCUACCUUUGGAUUCGAAGAAGCAUGUGGCCCUUCUCCAAUCCAGAUCAUGGUUCCACCCUGAAGGAAAAGUCGAGUUGCUCGAUCAUAUCCACCACACGCUGGAUAUUCACACAACGAGCCGCACAUACUCCGUGGGUGGCGAAUCUGUUCCUCAGCUUGAGGUUGAAGGCCAAGUUAUCUGGCAGUCAGCUUCAACGUCAGAAUCUGUGAUCCUUGGGUCGAUUAGCUUCUCUAAUUCGGCCGUUGGUUCUCGAAACCCGGUCACGGACUACAUGGAGCGACAUGGAUCCCCAAGAUCCAGUGAUUACCGUCCUCUUGAUGCUCCUCGAACUCUCGUUGAAGACCUUUUGAUUACUGUCCCUGAUGCCGGCAGCGAAUAUGCUCACACGUCUGGUGAUUGCAAUCCCAUUCAUUUGUCUAGUCUGUUUGCUAGCUAUGCCGGUCAUGACGCACGAGUCACCCACGGUAUGUUUACUAGCGGAUUCGUGCGUGGUCUUGUUGAAUUCCACCUGGCGCGCAACGAUGUAGCGCGCAUGCGAUCUUGGUCUUGCACAUUUGAUAGCAAGGUUUGUGCCGGUGACGAAUUGGCCAUCAAGAUCGACCACACUGGAAUGUCGGGAGGAAAGAUGCUCGUGGCUGUCCAGGUGCACAACGUGCUCACUGGGACCAAGGUUCUUUCUGCGCAGGCCAGCAUCGAGCAGCCGAAAACGGCAUAUAUCUUCACAGGACAAGGCAGUCAACAGCAAAGUAUGGGCAUGUCUUUGUCCGAUGGCAGUCCAGCGGCGAAGGAGAUUUGGAAAGCAGCCGAUGACUUCUUUGAGAACACAUAUGGCUUUUCUAUCACGCAAAUUGUUCGCAACAACCCCAAGGAACUGACCGUGCACUUUGGUGGAGCGAGAGGGCGUGCCAUUCGAGAAAACUACAUUGCUCUCACUUUCGACGCGGUGGAUGACGAAGGGAAGACGAUUUGCAAACCCAUUUUCCCCAACAUCACCCCUUCCACUCGCUAUCAUCGCUUCCGGUCCGUUGAUGGUCUCCUCCAUGAAACCCAGUUCACACAGCCAGCGCUUGCGCUUAUGGAGAUUGCACGUUUCGAGGACAUGCGAAGCCGAGGAGUGGUUGAAGAAGCCAGCCAGUUUGCCGGGCAUUCUCUCGGUGAAUAUGUUGCCCUCACAGCUAUGGGACGCAUUUUCUCCGUCCAAAGGGUAGCUGGCUUAGUCUUCUACCGCGGUCUCAGCAUGCAGAACGCAGUUCAGCAGGACGCACAGGGGGCCACUCAAUACUCAAUGUGUGCUGUCAACCCCACUCGCGUGUCCAAGGCAUUUACCCAGGACGAUCUGAGUUGGUGUGUAGCAGAAGUUGCGCGACAGACUGGAGGCUUAUUGGAGAUUGUGAAUUACAAUGUCAUUCACCUCCAGUAUGUUUGUGCUGGUGAUCUUCGUGGACUGGCAACAUUAACAGAACUGUUGAAUGCUCUGGCCUCGCGCUCACUCAGCUGGCAAUCAAAAUCGGAUAUGCAGCACUUCAUUCAGGAAUCCCUGGCAAGGCUCGCCGUUCAGUCAGGACCGGUCGUUCUACAACGCGGCCGGGCGACUAUUCCUCUCAAAGUGAACGUACCAUUCCACAGUAGCCUUCUUCGCCCUGGAGUGCAGUCCUUCCGCCAGUUCUUGAGCCGCAAUCUGGCGGAGUCUUCUAUCCAGCCUGAGCGACUGGUGGACAAGUAUAUCCCCAACCUCACUGCAAAGCCGUUUGCGCUUUCCAAAACGUAUGUUGAAGGCGUUCUUGCCCUUACUGACAGUCCUGUUCUCGAGAACCUCCUCUGCAAUUGGGAAUCUAUGGAGAAUGGUGGAUAUGAUGAAAAAGUUCUGUUUCCUUGGUAG